CCACGCUGUGCGGAUCUUCACGCUGGUGUCUGAGCUUUAUCCUGUGGUGGUGAAGGAGAGACUUUCUGCAGAAAUGGCCUUCAGCGGAACGUGGCAGGUUUACGCCCAGGAGAACUACGAGGAGUUCCUCAGGGCCAUCUCUCUGCCAGAAGACGUCAUUAAAAUGGCCAAAGAUGUAAAACCCGUAACCGAGAUCCAGCAGAGCGGCAACGACUUCACCAUCACCUCCAAAACCCCCGGCAAAUCCGUCACCAACUCCUUCACCAUCGGCAAGGAGGCGGAGAUCACCACCAUGGACGGCAGGAAGCUCAAGUGCACUGUGAAGAUGGAGGCAGGGAAGCUCAUCUGUCAGACAGACAAGUUCUCACACAUGCAGGAGAUCAAAGGAGGAGAGAUGGUCGAGACCCUGACCGUAGGCGGGACCACCAUGAUCAGGAAGAGUAAGAAGAUGUGAAGUCACUUGUUCAGCUGAAAGCGUCUGCAGCCUGAAACAUCUCUGUAAAUAAAAGUUGCCGUUUAUCAAAA